CAGCGGGCCGGGCCAUGGGUCUGAGGGGCCUGGGGGGCUGCCUCUCCUCCAACACCUCCUCCUCCAACAGCACGGCGUCCGACCGCCGGCCCCGCCUCCUCCGGCCGCUGGCGUGCGUGUCGUGCUCCUCCUCCUCGGGGGCGGGGCCUCUGGAGAGCCCCGCCCUGCUGCGUAAGCGUCUGGUGGGCGGGUGCCUGCCCUGCGCCCCCUCGGCGCCGCUGCGCGCCCUCCACAGCUGCGUGACGGGCUGCGACCCCAAGGCCAGCCAGACGGCCAGCUCCUCCUGCAGCUACUGCAGCAGCGACCCCAUCGUGGUGACAUUUAACCCCCGCCGCAGCACGCCCCCGGGGAGGGGGCCGGCGGCCCACCCCCAGGCCGGCGCCUUCCCACAGUCUGACGACGACGACUACAGCGUGCGCACCAUCUGGCCCGAGGAGCUGGCCAGGAAGAUGAGCCACGCCCACGGCGCUGGCGGAGGCCCCGGGGCCGGGAAGCCGUCCUGUCUGAGCCGCGGGGGCCAGAACGGCGAGGCCCCGGGGGGGGGCAUGGCCCUGCUGGACUGCCAGAACCUCCGGGAGUUCAGCCACACCCCCCUGACGGACCACGCCGGCAGGCGGCGCCUGUGGCAGGGCAAGAUGGCCGCCCUGGACUUCAUGGGCGUGUCCUCGGGCGCGGAGGACGGGCGGAGCUCGCUGAAGAGGCUGCUGAACCACGAGGGGGGGGCGGGGGGGGCGGGGGACGGGGGGGAGUAUGACGACAUGCCCUACCGCCCGCACUCGCCCUCGCCCCCGCAGUCCCCCGUCUCCUUCUCCCCCCCGCAUUCCAACCCGGGGACCCUCAUCCUCAAGCCCCGCCCCCGGCAGAGGGAGCGGGAGCGGGAGGGGGGGCGGUCGCUGCCCUCCGCCCAGUCGCUGCACCUGGUCCUGGACUCCCUGAACCGCGACCAGGACGAGGAGAACCGCCGCCUGCACCUCUCCCUCCCUCUGUCCUCCUCGCUGCCCGCCUCCCUGUCCAACGAGGGCGCCGUGACGCCAGACGCUGAGAACGCCGUCAUCAGCGCCAUCCUGCCCUUCCUGUUCCUAGGCAACGAGCGGGACGCCGAGGACCUGGACCUGCUGCUGCGCCUCAACGUGGGCUUCGUGGUCAACGUGACCACGCACCUGCCGCUGUACCACCUGACCACCGGCCUGGUGCGCUACAAGAGGCUGCCCGCCACCGACAACAGCAAGCAGAACCUGCAGCAGUACUUCGAGGAGGUGUUUGAGUUCAUCGAGGAGGCCCACCAGACGGGGAAGGGGGUGCUGGUCCACUGCCAGGCGGGCGUCUCCCGCUCCGCCACUGUGGUCAUCGCCUACCUCAUGAAGCACACGCUCAUGACCAUGACCGACGCCUACAAGUACGUCCGUGGGCGGCGGCCCGUCGUCUCGCCAAACCUCAACUUCAUGGGCCAGCUGCUGGAGUUCGAGCGCGACCUCAACUCCGGGGUCACACCCCGAAUCCUCACCCCCAAACUCAGCGGCCUGGAAACCCAGGUGUGAGGGUUUGGGGGGGAGAUGAGGUAGAAAGGGAGGGAGGUAAGAGGGGGAGACGGGGGAGAGAGGGAGGGGAGAGAGGGCGGGGGGGGGGGGAGAUACAGAGAGGAUCAGGGAGGGAGAGAUGAACGUUUAUCUCCGUCCCGUCGGCAGAGGACCGGGAUGAGAGGCUGACCCCCGGGGUUGAAGGCUCCCCCGGACCCCCGCCGACUGCUGCUGUGUUCAACACAUACUGCACUUUUACUACUGAGCACCGGAUGCAGGAUUCGCUCGUUCCGAUUGGUCCGUCAGGGGGGCCGCAUCAGAGUUCGCCACAUCGAGGUCAACGUUUAACAAAGCCUGUUCAGCUGUUAUAUAUCUUAUAUUUUAUUGAUUAUCCGAAGACUCUUCCAUUGUUUUUUCUAAUAAUGUGCAUUGACAGCGAAUAUAUAGAAAUAUAGCGAUUCAAUGCUGAAGCUCGACAGAAACACAUGCAUGGAAAAUAAGACGACAGACUUAUGAGGUCGGCCAUCAGUCUUGUGCUUCCCAGCUCCCCACGUUCGCUCGUUGAUCAUCAUGAUCGCUUGCUUGUUGAUUUGUUUAACAAAGUAAGAGCACAUACAUGACAAACCACAGACGGCCACUGUGGGGGGGAUGCACGUUGUAGCACCAGAGAGCCGUCGCUAAGCACUAUCCAUGCAUUCUUUAUUUAUUUAGAAUCAUCCUCCGAUACUUGAUGAUUAAGUUUUACUGUUUUACCCCUUGGACCAUGGGCGUGUUCAGAGAGGUACCACGAGUGAUGUCUCGGCCCGGUUCAGACCAGGCACUUCCAGAAGGGGAGAGGGCUGGUCUAGCGUUAGCCGCCUCCGUCGCCUUCAGCGGUACGGUAGCCUAUCUCUUCCUCAUGGGACGGGAGCACAGUUAAAAUUACUUUCCAAAGAUUUCCUGUGUGUUCUGAAUACUCGUUUACUCAAAGCGGGAAAACCAUAUUGUUUGUCUACAAACGUACAGAUAAUUCUGCACUGUUUCCAGCGCUGUGACUGGAUGCACCACUGGCAGAAUUCUAUGAUCAGCUGCUUCUGUCUGAGGAGGGUAACCUGUCGGUUCUUUGAUCAGCUGCUUCUGUCUGAGGAGGGUAACCUGUCGGUUCUUUGAUCAGCUGCUUCUGUCUGGUCGUCUACUCUGAGGAGGGUGACCUGUCGGUUCUAUGAUCAGCUGCUUCUGUCUGGUCGUCUACUCUGAGGAGGGUAACCUGUCGGUUCUAUGAUCAGCUGCUUCUGUCUGGUCGUCUACUCUCGCCUGUCAGCGAGGCAUCACAGUUAGCCUAAGAAUAACAGCGCUGAAAAUAGUACAAAUGAUCAGUGUGCUUCAAACCUCCACACGACUUCGUUUGUUCUCAUGUCGGCCGACAUGUGAUGAACCUAUGGAACGUCGUUCAUUAUAAAUUAAUAUACGGGAUAAUCAGAAGCGAAAUGUGGAGAUUUACAUUCCUGUCUGUCCAAAUGUUCACUUUGUAUUGUACCAUGAAAACUAGUGAUCCCCAGUCAAGGGUCGAGUAGACUGUUUAGUAACAGCGACUGAGACGUGACCAGAAAGUAUUAGCUUUAAUUUGACCACUUAUGCAUCUCCUUAUCAAUCUUACUGAAUCAUUCAUUUUAUGAUUAACAGGUGAGCGAAACUGAUUAAAUAAAGUUACGAGGAGAAGACUGAAAAUAAAUAGUUUAAACCAAACUAGACCCAGUGCACAACCAAAGCCAGAGUAUCCACCCCCUGCCCGGGCCCCCCCCUAACACUAG